CUUGGCAGCCCCGGGAAUGUUGGUUGCGGUCUUCCGUGCCCGCUCUGUGGGGCGGCAGGGUGGCGUUAAGGAAGUUUGUUUUGAGCUUAAGGGGGCUUAUUUUGACCUAAAGCGGAGGGACUGCCGAAAGCUCAGCAAAAGCUUCUUCAGAAGAGCCAUUAGCUGAGGGCAAGCAGCGUGAGCGAGCAGGCAGGGCAGCCUGACACCCUAAAGGCGGCCCUCCUCCUUUCUUAAAGGCUUGUGCUUCGCUGCUUUGAUUUCUGGGGCUUGUCCUGCCCCUUGUUUUUUCUCCCCCUGCGGUACGAAUGAACGUGGUGUUCUCAGGUCUGCGAGGACAGCCUCCUCGCUGGCUGGCUCUUCGGCCUGGGGAAAAGGCAGCAUGAAGAAAGGAGAGAAGAGAUACCAGAAUUUGCCUGUAAACGAGUGAAAAACAUCAUCGUGUGCCAGAAGGUCGUCUUUGAGAAAGCUGGCUGAGGCUGAAAAGCUCUGAGGAAUGGCUAUUGCAACAGCAGGGUCUGUAAAAAUAUACGUGGCUUUAAGGUCAAAUCCAGGACUUGGCUUUAAAAAAGUCGGGUAUCUUGGACAAAUAAGAGCUAUAUUUGCAUAUGGUGACACGAAGCGAGUAGUAAAUCUCGUGCUUCGGGCUGUAAACUGAUUACACGAGGAAGGAACUUUUCCCUCGGCGUUGCACAAGUUGUGGUGUUGUGCUUUCCUCCGGAGACCUCUGUUAUCUGCCAUUGCGUGGUAGGGGGGGAAGAAGAAACAGGGAAGGAAAAGCAGCUCUUGUCUCUGACCACUAGCCCGUGCAGUCUGCAGGCUGUUCCCAGGGCUAGCCUCGCCGUGCCACAGCUCCAGCUGCAGGUGCUGCUUUCCCCUGAGCAGAGCCACUCAGUUUUCGUGCUGGGUCCAGUAAAUCUGUGUGCCGGUGUCUCCAAGAUGUAGUAGCUGAGUCCCUGUUACUCAGAGGGUCUCCGUGCCGUAUGCUCGGUUGGAGACCUAGCCUCAGUUUUGGUGAGGGCUAAUAGAUCCUGGCAUCCAGUGGGCAGGCACAUGUCGUUGUUGAGAGAACAAGAAAGGAGGGCUGGUGGUGGAAGCUGGCUGGGCGAAACCUUUACAGGUUAUUAAAGGGAAGAGCAGCAGGUCCGUGUGGAAUACGGGCUUUUCUGCUGUGACCCUUUGGAACAGGGGUGGUGGAUUUCUUUGCCUCUCCUCUGCGGUCAGCGUGUGUGAGGUGUUGAAGUGUCCUGAAACGCAGCUCCCCCCGACUGACUUGUUGGCCACUGGUGUGAGCUGCAUCGAGCCCUGCUGUCAGCAGCGGCACCGUGAGAAGAAAAAUGACCUAAGCACCAUCCGACCUUUGUGGCCCAGGACAGGAGCAGGGUUGGAGCAUGGCUUUGCCUGGAAGCUCGCGGAGGCAGCCCGCAAACAGGGGCCUGGUGUCCCACUGCACUCACCACCACAUUGCUGUCUUCCUGCUCACCUUCUUCAGCUACUCCUUGCUCCACGCUUCCAGGAAGACAUUCAGUAAUGUCAAAGUCAGCAUUUCGAGCCAAUGGACGCCCUCCUGCCUAAACAGCACAGCCCUUGAGCUCCGGCCAUAUGAGCUCUGGAACAGCAGCCAUUUAUUUCCAAAUGCAGAAGAAGCAACUCUCUUCUUGGGAACAUUGGACACCAUCUUUUUGUUCUCCUAUGCUGUGGGUCUCUUUGUCAGUGGCAUUGUUGGGGAUCGCCUGAACUUACGCUGGGUUUUGUCUUUUGGCAUGUGUUCAUCUGCUCUGGUGGUAUUCUUCUUUGGCACGCUCACGGAAUGGUUGCAUUUCUACAACAAGUGGUUCUACUGCUGUCUCUGGAUUGUGAAUGGCUUGCUGCAGUCCACCGGUUGGCCCUGCGUGGUUGCUGUCAUGGGCAACUGGUUUGGAAAAGCUGGGAGAGGCUUUGUGUUUGGACUCUGGAGUGCCUGUGCAUCUGUGGGAAAUAUCCUUGGGGCAUUCCUUGCCUCCUGUGUUCUCAAAUAUGGCUAUGAGUAUGCUUUCUUGGUGACUGCCUCAGUCCAGUUUGCUGGAGGAGUCAUUGUCUUCUUUGGGCUCCUGACUUCACCAAAGGAAGUGGGCCUUCCUGAGCUUGGAGCAGACGAAGAAGGUAGUGUCGAGGAAGACGCCAACAGACCUCUAAUGGGUGAUGACGAUGUGGAUGAUGAUGACCGCAACUACUCCAUUCAAGCAGCUGACACUGACAGCCAGCCAAAGGCCAUUGGCUUUUUCCAGGCUUGUUGUCUUCCAGGUGUAAUACUGUAUUCUUUGGCCUAUGCCUGCUUGAAACUGGUGAAUUACUCAUUCUUCUUCUGGCUGCCCUUCUACCUCAGUAACAACUUUGGAUGGAAAGAAGCAGAAGCUGACCAGCUCUCCAUCUGGUAUGAUGUGGGAGGAAUCGUAGGUGGGACUAUCCAGGGCUUGAUUUCUGACGUGCUGCAGAAGAGAGCCCCAGUGCUAGCAAUUAGCCUGCUCUUUGCUGUAGGCUCCCUCUUUGGAUACAGCCGUUCUCCCAACAACAAACCUAUCAAUGCUGUGAUCAUGACGAUUACAGGAUUUUUCAUUGGAGGCCCUUCCAACAUGAUCAGUUCCGCAAUUUCUGCUGACCUGGGGCGUCAGGACCUGGUGAGAGGCAGCAGCGAGGCUCUGGCGACGGUCACGGGAAUUGUGGAUGGAACUGGCAGUAUUGGUGCUGCAGUGGGCCAGUAUUUAGUGUCCUUGAUCCAGGAGAACCUAGGAUGGAUGUGGGUUUUCUAUUUCUUUAUUCUAAUGACGAGUUCAACAAUCCUGUUCAUUUCACCGUUAAUAGUGAGGGAGAUCAGAUUGCUUCUGCAUGAGCGGCGCCUGCGGAUGCUGGCUGAGUGACUUCUGCUUGCCUCUGGGAGAACGGUUGUCUGGGCCUGACAGCUGGGACACUAAUCAGAUCUCUGGGAGACUCGUUUGUUUCAUCCUCCAGGUUUGGACGAACUCAAAAUAGCUCUGCGAGAUGUGAUUGACCUGCCUUUCCGAGCUCAAUAUCGAAGUACCAAAUACCCGUCCAGAGACCGUCCACAUCAUGGAGCUGCUGAUCUAAGCCAGACAAUCCCCGGGGCUGGUGGAUUGUCCCAGCCUACCAGACUCUUCCCUGCCAGCAGUCACACUGGGGCCUGCUGCUGGGUGGUCUCACUGCUAUACCCUUUCUUAUUUAUUUCUGGAUGUCCUGGCCAAAGGUCAGGUGUUUAAAACUGACAUUGGGAGGCUGUCUUGCAAUGAAUUUUGAUGCUUUGUUGUGCUGGCGAAAGCAUACACUGCAUUUCAUGGGUAGUCUAUGUAGCUUUUAGACAGGGCAAAACUACUUGGAAUUUGUGCUGUCCAAUUGUUUCAAAAAUACUGUUGCUAAAUCUCUGCAGAGAUGGACCUCUGCUAGCCCUAGCUAAUAACUCUCAUAUUCCAGUAGAUUUGCAUGGAGAGGUUAACUCCAUAUUUGUUUUUAGCAUUUUUUAUUAAUAUUACUACUAAUCUCUGGGAAAUGAGAUUUCAGUUUUUAAAUAUUUAAGCAGACAAAUAGCGUGCAAUACUUGGAUAAUGUUUUACUGUGAUCUCUGAGAAAAAGCCUUAACAGAUCCUUUGCCUCUAAAGGAACCUUGAAUGGCUUUGGGGAUCAGUAACGGGACACAAAUACUUUCACUACCAGUUUGUUUUUUGAACUUUGAUCAAUACUGACCAAAAUGGGAUUGUCUGGUGACACUGAAGAAUUUGGUGUCACUGAUUUCAUUCUCAUGAGGCAACUGCUUUUAUCUCCAGCAAGGGAAAAAUCAGAACUGAAUUAAAUGAAUUUAAGGGACCUGGCUGCUCUCAGACAUGGGCUUCCAGACAGGGACGGAAGCUUCCUCGUGGAACAGUAUCAAGAAGCAAGUGCUGCUGUCUCCCAUGUUCCUCUGCCUAUGGCUGCACAGGGGACCUCAGACUCCAGCGUUUUGAAGCUGAGCUGUAUCUUGAAGAGGAAAAUAGAUGCAAGUGAGCUCAGAAAACGUGACUGCACUUAGUAUGGGAGUAUUUGAGCAUUUCGCAGUAAUGCGGUAAGCAGGGAAGCUGGCUGACACCUCUAACAUUUGUUGGUGCUGUUAAUGGGAUCACUGAAUAACUUCUCAACAAAUUGUUUUCUGCUUUUGCCUUGGGAUGUUUCAGCAGAACUUCUGAUCAAGUACUCGAUCCAGCUAGUCAGCGAUGCCUGGACGGGGGGGACGAGGGCGCAAAAAUUCUUGGAACUGAAAAUCUGAAACGUUUUUUAAUGGGAAAAGUUGCCUUUUUAAAAUGUACGGUGAUUUGUUUUUUAAUUUAUGAAUGUCAAUUUUUAGUCAUGUGACGAUUGUAACGAGUGGAGCGUUAUUAGUGCCUUACGGUCUUACUGUACGGAACGGUUGCUUGGUGAUUGCUGCUUCUGCAGUGGUGGCUCUGUGCACAGCUUUGCUUACCGGGAAACUCGGUUGCUUCAUUUUUACACUUUUUUUUUUUUUUUUUUAAGAAUCUUUUUCUUUCUUGGUGGAGGUGAUUCUUGCAUUUUUGGCUAAUCCUCAGAAUUUCAGUGCUUGGGAAAAUGAUGGCAUUAAUCUGACAGGGGACCUGAAAUCCUGUUCUUGUCUCUUCUCAUUCCUAUUCCAAUUUUGCCUGUAUAAUUAGAGCAGCGGACUGAGAAUCUCUCACCGUGUCCUCAGAAUUAUGCCCUGGGGCUGCCGUUCACAUCCCAAGCUACUCAUUAGCCCCCGUGCAAAUAGAAUCAAAACUCCCUGAAAUUUGGUUCCAGAAUUGAUGGCGGCACCGUUUGCCCCGGCCGUGGUGUCUGAGACUCUCCGGUUUCAAAUUCCAGCCUGGAUGGGCUUUGUGGCCGGCCGGGCGCUAGAUAAGCUGCUGAUGAAAGGUGGGGUGGGAAAGGGACGUCGCCGGGGGCGGCGGGGAGGCAGGCCCCUGUAACAAAUGGCUUCCUGUAAACAGUUCUGUCCCCUCUGGAGAAGCGUCAGAUGUGCUGCGAGCUCUGCAAGCACGAGCUGCCCAGCAGCUCGCCUGUACGUGUGCCGCUGCUCUGAGGCCCCUGUCAAUUAGCCGGGCAUUCCCCUGGCUUCGGGAUUUUUGUUGUUGUUGUCGUCAUCGUCAUCCUGCGUUUUGGGUUCUGUGUAUUUCCUCAAGGUGCUCAGGCAGAGAACGGUUUUCAAUCUGAUAAUGUCCAAAAUGAUCUCAUAAAUAAACUUAAUCUGACUUGA